CGCUCCGCUGCCGGAGCCCCGCAGGCCCCGCUCCCUUGGCGAGGCACCCACAGCACCCGCUCGGCCCCGCCGGCUGUCCCAGGCUUCGGUACACCCCGUCCCUGCCCUGUGUCCCGGAGGGUGCCCACGGCAGCUCCAAAGCGCAGAGACCGGGAAAUGCUCCUGCGCGCGGCGCUCAGAGCACGGGGCCAGCGGGGAGGAGGAAAGCGCCUGUCGCUCGCAGCCCCUCUAAAGAACGCAGUGCAGCUCCCGCGCAGCCGGUGCGGACGCCCAGCCCAGCCCAGCCCAGCCCAGCCCGCCCGGCCGGCUGCCGCCUCAGCUCACCGCUCCUCGCAGCCGCGGCCCUGCAGCCGCACGGGCACGACCCGGUCGAAGAUCCGCUCCGCCGCCAUCUUGCGCUGGGCGCCCGCGGGGCGGGGCCACAACAUGGAGGCGCGGGGGCCGCCGGGAGCGGCGAUGGCCGCGGCGGGGCCGCAGCCGGGGCGGUGCGGCCACUUCGUGCAGAGGAAAGGGCGCUUCUGCAGGAUGGUCCCGGCGCCGGGGAGGCGCUUCUGCGGAGAGCACGGGCAGGAGGAGGAACAAAAUGACAGAAAAAGAAUUCCCUGCCCUCUUGAUCCCAAACACACUGUAUAUGAAGACCAACUACAAAAGCAUUUAAAAAAAUGUAAUUCAAGAGAGAAGCCAAAGCCCGUCUACUUUGUUCAAGAUAUUAAUGCAGGUUUAAAAGAUGUGGCAGAAAUACCAGAAAAGCAAGUCACUUUAUCUUCUCUAUCCAGUGAAGAGCUGCAGAACUUAAUUGUCAAGUUGAAAAAAGCAAGUAAUGGCCUGGAACUCCAUCUAAAGGAAGAAAUACUGUCCCACCAGGCUUUACAAGAAGCCUUAAAUGACCCAAAGAAUGGGGAAUCUGCUUUCAAACACUUGAAACAACAGGCUUCUAUUUUAGGUAACAUGGAAAGACUGCAUUUACUUGGUCCAGGAAGAUGUUUUGUUGAGUUUGGAGCUGGGCGAGGAAAGCUGUCUCAUUGGGUUGAUGUUGCCUUGCAGAAUGUUGAAAAUGUGCAGUUUUUGCUUGUGGAAAGAGCAACCACAAGAUUCAAGGUGGAUGGAAAACAUAAAAGAAGAGAUUCUAUAUUUGAGAGGCUUCAAGUUGAUAUUCAGCACUUAUGUUUAAGUAAGGUACCUAUUUUGGAGAAGAAAAAACUACCGGUGGUAGGAAUGGGGAAGCAUUUGUGUGGUGCUGCAACAGAUCUGGCUCUGAGAUGCUUGGUUGAAAGUUACUCAACUUGCUGUGGUGGAGAAAAUGAAGAGCCUGCAGCAAAACGCUGUAGGACUGCUAAGACAGAGGUGGCUCCUGACACUGCUGCUGGUAAUGACAGCAACACAGAAGACCAUAAGCCUGUAGCUGGAAUUGUCAUUGCUCUGUGUUGCCAUCACAAAUGUGACUGGACACAUUAUGUAGGCAGAGAGUUCUUUAAAUCAGUUGGACUGGGAGCAGUAGAAUUCCAUUAUUUCCAGAGAAUGAGUAGUUGGGCCACUUGUGGCAUGCGAGAAACCACAAGCAAAGCCUCUACAAGUGAAGAAAGUGAAGACCAAACUAAUGACACAGAAGAACAUGAGCAAACGUUCAGCACGACAGAGAGUGGUUCUGAUACAUGGCAAGGGAUACUUACUGUUGAAGAACGAAAGGAGAUAGGUUGCCUCUGUAAACGGCUGAUUGAUCACGGACGGAUUGAAUAUUUACAACAACAAGGAUACAAGGCUGCACUACAGUAUUACACAGAGUCUGCUGUGUCCUUGGAGAAUGUCCUGUUGACAGCUGUCCCAAGUCCAUUUUUGAUAACAGAGCCAACUACGUGACAGGAGAUAGAUUUAGAAUUGUUAGGGGAAAAAAACCCCUAAAAAACUUAUCUGGAUUUUUUUAAAAAGCUAAUUCAAUGUUUACAAAAAAAAUGUUUUAGUCUUUCCUGUACCCAGGAAAGAGUUUUAUAUUUCCCAUUACACAUAUGCAAACCAGUUCUCAUCAGUGGAAAAAUAAAAUCCCUAAGACUAUUUGACACCUGUUGUAGGCCUCUUUGCUGGGAAGAAGUAUAUUGGUAUUGUCUUCCAUUCUCAGUUACAUUCUUUAUUCAUUAGGAUUUAUGAUCGGAGGAGGAUCAGAAGUACAACUUUCCAGAUUUCCUGAAAGACAACAAGUGAAAAUAAGAGAGGAAAUAACAUACUUUAUUUUCACUUUGAAGUUCAGGAUAGCUUUGUAUUUCCUCUUAAAUUAUUUAAGUAGGCCAAGGUUCUUUCAUCAGCCUAUGCUGGUAGGGGAAUCUAUCAAGGAAGAAAACUAACUUGUAAGCUGUAUUCUUGAUGUAUUUUUGCUAAUUUGAUUAUUCAUUCAUGAAAUAUUGAUAAGAAAAAAGCUGGCCUAGUGUUCUAAAUCAAGAGCAUUUCAUUCAUUUUUUUAAGCCUUCACAAAACACAGAAUGAAGAUCAGAGAGAACAUUUUAUAUCUGCAAUGAAGUGCUCUCUGCAAGAAACAGCUGCCACCUGCACAUCUGUUAAGAAGUGUUUAUUUUGGCUUCUUACUGCAACAUUUAAACUGUUACCUUUGAGGCUACAAACAGCAAAUUUUUGUCAUAGUGUUUUAGAAAUGGGAAUAAACUGUGGGGCUGUUUUGUUUAGGUGACUGACUUAUGUCAGGGAAAGCAAGUUGUGAGAAACAUCUGUUUAUCAGGUGUUGAUACUUCAUUGCUAGAAGAUGUAUGUUGGAAACAUAAGCAUCUCUUCCUUAUUCCUUCUUUGGUAGUACCAUCUGGACAACAUCCAGAAAUAGAAAAAGUUGAACUUCAUGAGAUAAAUGGUGCUGUAAGACCCAAACUAUGUCAACUGAUUAAAUUACAAAUACAAAAGACAGCUUCUACUUAUCCCGGCUCUAGGUAACUCAGGCACUUUUAUUCCUAUGCUCCAAGGUUCCUGUCUGUUCCUACCAGAAUAUAUGCUGUUUGUGUGAAGAUCUGCUGUGCCAACUCCGGAUAAAAGCACCCCCUGCCCUCAGUAAAAAUCGUUUUACAGAUUUUUUGGAAAAUGUUAUUCAUUUAUUAAGAAGAAUAUUCAUGUUUCAUUUCUAUAUGUAUCCUAGAUUUUAUUUAUCCAGUUUGUCCUUCCCUUUCUCACUGUAUUCCAGAGAAUCAGAAUUAAUAAAAAAGUCAUACCUGUUUU